AGUUAGGGAGGCGUGUGAGUCAGCAUUUCUACUGACGGAAUUACGCAACUUUUUUGUAAUAAGCUGAUCUGGUGAAAUUUAAGAAACUUUUGUGGAAACGGCUAUGGAUUACAAGGAUUUUCUUACAAAAACCGAUUCGUUAACCGGGCACCUGGUUUACAGGGUUGACAUUUUGGGCACAAAUCGUAGCAAGAUGCAAUCAAUUUUGCUCAAUAGCUAAACCGCAUUAACUUUCGGCGUAAACAUUUUAUGAUUUUUUCUCAACCGUUUUAUCCCACCUUUUGGUAAAUUUUGUUUGAAAAUCUAAUGAAAGAUCCAUUUCAAAAUUAAUCAAACAUUGCCACCUUGAAAAUCUCAGAUAAUGUAAUUUUCAUAAAUAAAAUUCAACUUCGUUAUUAAUUAUUAAUUACUGAAUGAUCUGUUUGUAAAGUCGAGUCGUUAUACCAAAAGCUGGUUGAGACGAAAACGAACAUGUUUAGGCCUAACAAUUUACCACUGUAGGAUACAACGUUUAAUAGGAUACAACGUAAAUAGGAUACAAGACGGAGAAAAUCUAGCAAAAGUAUAGCGGAAAUAAAUGAAGAUGCCGUUAGUUACAACAGGUCAUUCAGUGGCCAAGGCACGUGGAUAAUGCUCAUUGUUACGCACCUCAUUGCCCGUAAUCAAAGGACUAUCUCAUGCAACAACACAAGGAUCAACAGAGGUCAUCAUUCUUUCGCUGUGAAGCAUAAAAUCUCUGUUGUGUUCCCUUAUAUAAGGGAGGCCAGGCUCUACAACUGUUUAUUUUUAAGUGUUCUAACAUUUCAACCGGCUAGCGCAACUUACAGUAAGCAAAGUGCUAGGCCGAGUGAAUUAGUCACAAAAUCAGGCCAGCCAUGUCUUCUGACGAUGCUUUGGUGGUUCGGACAAUGUCUGUGUCGAAGUCUGGAAGUAAUGGUCAAUUAAACGAUGUUCCAGAGGUUAUUGUAGUUAACAGAAGCCCAGAUGAAUCGAAGCCAUAUGCUGGAAACGGCUUCGACGAGCGAAUCGGCUCGCCAGAUUCCGGCCACUACAUGAUAAAUGAAAAUGAAAAAGCCGUUGUUGUUUCUAAUCCAUCUCUUGUAUCAGAUUUUCAGGAGAAAGUCAAUCUAUCAUGGGAAGACCUCAGCGUUGUUGCAAAUUUGCCGAAGCCAUCGUUGUUCAAAAGAUGCCUCAAACGUGGCCAAGGAAAUGCUGUUGUCACCAAGAAACAGAUCUUGUUCGAUGUUAAUGGCAAAGUAGAGGCAGGAACACUCCUUGCUGUCAUGGGAGCAAGUGGUGCUGGUAAGACGACAUUGAUGAACACUUUGGCACAUCAGAACAUCAGUAUGCUCGAUAUUUCUGGUUCCAUCAAAGUCAAUGGUCAGGAAAUCGGGAAGAAAAUGAAGACGAUUUCUGCUUAUGUCCAGCAGGAAGAUUUGUUCAUCGGAACAUUGACAGUUCGAGAGCAUUUAAUCUUCCAGGCCUUGCUAAGGAUUGAUUCAACUUUGUCAAAAGAGGAGAAAUACGCAAAAGCCGACAAGGUGAUACACGAGCUUGGCUUGACAAAAUGCAAAGACACAAUCAUCGGUGUUCCAGGCAGGAUUCGAGGAAUCUCGGGCGGAGAGAUGAAGCGACUCUCCUUCGCAUCGGAGAUUUUGACAAAUCCUUCCUUGCUUUUUGUCGACGAGCCUACUUCUGGACUUGAUGCCUUCAUGGCGCAAAGCGUUAUUGGUGCUCUUCAGAAAAUGUCCGAUUCUGGGCGAACGAUUGUGGCAACAAUCCAUCAACCGUCGUCCGAAGUUUACAACAUGUUCAAUAAGGUUCUUUAUAUGUCAGAAGGACGAGUAGCCUACAUUGGAAAGACUCAAGAUGCUUUGCCAUUCUUUUCUAACCUUGGAUAUGUCUGUCCUGCGAACUACAAUCCAGCUGACUUUUUCAUAAGCACCCUUGCUAUUGUUCCUGGUAGAGAAGUUGAAUGCAAGGAAAGAGCCAAGGGAAUCGCUGAUUCAUUUGAAGAAUAUGCUGCUAUACAUCACUCUGGACAACAUCAUUACCACAAGGGGUCGGAUGAAGCCAAACUCGAGGAGCAAGGAUACAAAGUUGGAUUUUUCCGCCAAAUGUCUGCUGUUCUUUGGCGUUCAACAAUGAGCAACAAACGAGAGCCUUUCGUGAGCACGAUCAAGACAGCACAAGUUAUUGCAAUAGCAUUGCUGGCGGGAUUGAUCUACUUGCAACAAACUUAUGAUCAAGACAGCAUACAGAAUAUUGCCGGAGCCAUGUUCUUUUGUAUUACAUCAUCUUCAUUCAACUCAAUGACAUCAGCAUUGUUUGUAUUUCCCGCUGAGCUGCCUGUGUUUUUGAAAGAACAUAAACUAGGGAUGUAUCGAUGCGACUCAUAUUUUCUAAGCAAAAUGUUGGCUGAGCUCCCUUGGUACAUGCUUGGGCCGUUCCUCUUCUCGACAAUUGUCUAUUGGAUGAUUGGCCUAAGAAGUACAUUUGAGAACUAUAUAAUUUUUUGCUGUAUCAUAUUGCUCAUCAAUCAGUGUUCUCUUUCAUAUGGGUAUCUUAUCUCCACGAUAUCGCCAUCGGUUCAAGUUGCUAGUGCACUCGGUGCUCCUAUGAUGAUGCCGUUCCUUUUGUUUGGUGGAUUCUUUCUGAAGGAUGAGUCAGUACCACCCUAUUUUAUUUGGCUCAAGUAUCUCUCUUGGUUUAAAUACAGUUUUGAAGCACUGCUUGUGAAUCAAUGGGAUGGUUUUGGCAGUAUUUCAUGUCCUAAAGUGGCACCAACACUAGCACUUAGCAAUGCAACAACGGCAACAACUGCUGUUGUUCCUUGCAUCAAAACUGGCCAACAAGUUUUAAAAUACUUUGAUCUAGAUGCGACUCGUUUGGGAUUGGACAUCGGGAUACUGGUAGUACUGGCUGUUGCUUUCAGGGUACUUGCAUUCAUAUUCCUGGUGAUCAGAGCAAGUAGACGGUAGUUCCUGAAUGGACCUAUCCAGAAAAAAUGACAAACAAUUAACUGCUCAUUAUAGCUGAAAUUAUUGCUAGCUAUCCUUUUAAGAUUACUGAGGCAUUUAUCACUGGCUAGACAAGGAUUACAGAUGCAGGAGCAAGGCUCUGAUGGGUAUAUUGCUGACUCAAAAGGAAAUGCUUUAAGAAUUGGUCAUAUAAUUAAUAAAUCCACUAUGAUGACAAUUCACAAAUCAUUUUUCCUUGCUAGAGCUUGCAAUGUUUAAAAUGCUCUACCCUCUUCAUGCUUCCCCUUUUAUAACCUAUGUCCCAUAGAGAUAAAAUCAACAAACUUGAUCUGGCCUUCCUCACUUCUUAGCUCCUCUCUCCCUAUUCUUGUUUAAAGAAUGGACAGGGUAUGGAUAGGUCAUAAUAGGGCAAAUAUUGUCUUUAACACCAAUAGUGUUUGAUUUUCUCUUUGAAUUUAUCAAUUACCAUCCCACCUAUCAGUAGCUGGCUCUCCCUUUGGUUGCUGAUCUUUAUUAGCAUUUUCAUCAGCAUCAGCAAAAAUUUUGUACAUACAGUUUAUGUGCUAAUCAUGCAGUCCAUCAACCAUUUUAGCAGUAUGCAGUUUAGCCAUUGUAACUCAAUAUUUUACGGAUUUCAGUUUUACCAAAUAAAAUUCUUGAAUUGGGCAAUCUUAUACCGUGUUUGCAUGUCAUACAUAAUUCACACUCUACUUGAUCUGUUAAAAGUCCAGAUAAUUUUUAAGAUGUCUUGAAUUUUUAGGCUAUUAAAUAAAUUAGUUCUAUUCAAAUCUUGUCUGUUUCUGAGACAACUUCUAGGCAAAAGUUUGUUUAUAAAUUAAUCACCAUCGAUAAACACAUUAGUAAUGAACAUGCAGAAUGUGCGCCAUAAAUUUACAAUUUUUAUAAAGUUGCAAGGAAAAUCAACCCCACAUGGUUUCUUAGUACCUGUUACAAAAUCAAAGCAAUUUGAAAAUCCCCUCAUAGCAAUGCAGGUAUUUCAAUUAUCUUAAUCUUUACAAAAAAUUAGAAGCCUGUGUUUUUAAAGAGGUAUUUAUGAGCUUUGAUCUUAGUAAGAAACAAAUUAAUUUCUACUGUGUAAAUUUCUACUUCGGCUUUUUGUUUGUAUGUUCCUAAAAUUCACUAUUUGUGUUCAGAGUUAAGUGCAGCAAAAUAUGUAACUGCUUCUUGGUGUAUAAGUUGUUAAAAUUGUUAGAAUUAUUAUCAAAAUGCAAGUACAUAAAUGCUUUAAAAACAGUUGUUGUAGUAUAUUUAACCAUAUUGCUGAAUUAUUUCGAAAAUAUGCUUUUA